AUGCCUCAUAAUGUUCCUUGCUCACAACUAGUUGUGUUUGGUGAUGAUUUCACAGAUGAUGGCAUGGAAGUUGAUGCAAAUUCAUUUGGUUUUGCAAGAAAUUCAAAUGGUCCCAUUUGGUCAGAAUAUAUCAAUCGAAUACUUGAUUGUAAUGAGUACAUUAAUUACGCGCACAGUGGCGCUAAAAGUAGCUAUGAUAAUAUGUAUUUCUCAGAUUGGUCAGGAAUUUUAUGGCAAAUUGAGUAUCAUCUCAUGAGUCAUCGUUCUACACCAAAAGAUUCUUUGGUAAUAUUGCAAACUGGUGGAUUACCAGAAUUGCUGUGGCAGCAACAAAACUAUAUUAAUGGUUCAUUUCAUAUUGAUCAAAUCACUGAAAAUAUAGCACAUGUGGUUCUGGCUUUGAUUGAUACUAUUGAUAACGGCAUCAUAAUAAUCAUGAAUAUGAUUGAUCCAUCUGAAACGCCACUGUUUGCAACAGAUAAUGGUAACGGGGACAUAUCGUUACCGGUAUCAAGCAUUAACGCGAAGCUUUGGAAGUUAGUGCAAAGUGAGGGACGUGAAAAUCAACGAAUUAGGCUAUUUGAUCUAAAUGCAGCCAUUGUGGAUGCUAUUCGAGGACUAAAUGCAAAAGACGCUUUCACUUUUCAGCAACCUAAUAUGACGUCUCGGAAGAUAUACGAAUAUGCUUAUUAUUACCAGUGGUAUCCAUCAACGCUAGUACAUCAUAAAAUUGCUCAAAAGUUAAUCAAAUUUUUGGAAGACCUAUAA